UUCCGACUAAACGUGACAAAUGCAGGAAUAAAAAACAACGCGCCUGACGUAAUCGUUGGAACUGCCAUCCAGUCCUGGCAACCAGGAGUUUUGAAAGUCAAGUUUCAGGGUGCUCCCGUGUAUGGAACAUACAAAGUGCUGGAUACUGACUACACCAGUUAUGCCAGCGUGUAUUCCUGCAUCAACUUCUUCUUAUUUAAGAUCGAAUUCGCGUGGGUUCUGACUCGUGAUACGAUUCCAACCCCGGAAAUUUCCGCCAUGGCAGAAAAAGUGUUCACUGACAGAAAUAUCAACACUGGACUUUUUGUCAAAACUGUACAAGCUGCUCCUGAAGUGAUCCUGCAGCCUGGACCUUGUGAAGAAAAGAGCACCAAGAGUGAAUUUGACAUGUCCAAGGUCAAAUAUUCC